AUAUAAGUUAAAAGCCACUACUACUACUACUACUACUACUACUACUACUACUACUACUACUACUACUACUACUACUACUACUACUACUACUACUACUACUACUACUACUACUACUACUACUACUACUACUACUACUACUACUACUACUACUACUACUACUACUACUACUACUACUACUACUACUACUACUACUACUACUACUACUACUACUACUACUACUACUACUACUACUACUACUACUACUACUACUACUACUACUACUACUACUACUACUACUACUACUACUACUACUACUACUACUACUACUACUACUACUACUACUACUACUACUACUACUACUACUACUACUACUACUACUACUACUACUACUACUACUACUACUACUACUACUACUACUACUACUACUACUACUACUACUACUACUACUACUACUACUACUACUACUACUACUACUACUACUACUACUACUACUACUACUACUACUACUACUACUACUACUACUACUACUACUACUACUACUACUACUACUACUACUACUACUACUACUACUACUACUACUACUACUACUACUACUACUACUACUAUUUAA